AAUAGACAUGCUUCUUUCAAGUUGCUAGCGGUUGACAAGACAGUAUAUAAGAGUUUAAGAUUUGGACUACAUUUUAUUUAAAUAUUUGGAGGAGGAAUAAAGAAUACUUGUGAAAUUUAAAUUAAGAUACUUAAAAAAUCAUGUCGGUAGAAAAAUUAGCGUCAAAAUCAAAAACGUCAUUUAAGCAGUUAAGUCAGUCUGGAUUAUCUAAUGAAGUUAAUUCACCAAAAGCGACAUUAUUGACAGUGAAACAAGUGACGUCACCAAAAGUUAUUCAAAUGGUGCCGUCACCUUCCAGUCGACCGACGUCACGUCAGUCUAUAGCGUCAUCACAGCUUUCUAUGGCAACAACGACGUCUCUUGAUACGGUUCCGACGGCCAGAAGUGAUUCUUGUAGCGAAUUUGAACCACUGCUGAAGACUCGUUGGGAUAAUGAAGCAGAGAUGGAUAAAGGAUUGAAAAUACAGAAAAGAAAACAUGCGGCAACAAAACGUCUGCGGAAAAUGAACGAGGUGUACGAGCGUUUACUUGGUGAGAAAAUUCGUCUGCUCGAUUCAAAUCUAUCGAAUGUUGAAAAAGAACUGACAAAGGAGACGCGUUUUAUCAAAGAUGAAAUAAAAGAAUACAAGCCGGUUAUCCAAUUUCCUCGGAUAGAUUCGGCAACACCUGUGGAAUCACGCUCAAGUAGUCGACUCAGCGGUAAGAACCGCAUUGAAAAAAUAUGUGACACGUGUAUGUUUGAUCCGACAAAUACAAAUUUACGAUGUCGUCAUUUUCCAUGUUUCUUGCCGGCCACGUACAAUAGUAUAACAUUUACAACUAAACCACCGACAUAUUCCGUUUUAAGUAAUUAUAAACAACUUCUACAGAGAUGUAAAGACGUAAGACCGGACACUUCUAGCAUUCACCAGAAUAAAAUAAUGGAAGAAGAGGCAAUUUCUUCCGAAUCUCACCCGCCGCGUACUUCAGUCAAGGAGAAAAUACGGGGCUUAAAACAAUUAGUUAAAGAAAUGAAAGAACGCAACGAAAAAACAAAACCCCGCGACUGGGCAACGAAUUAUGGCGAUCCAGUGCCUAGACGUAUCAUACUUAAACCAGUCAAAACUGUAUGAGUCAACACAAUUCAGUUUAUAAUGAUGGUUAACUGUACUCUGGAAUAAAACAAGUCGCUUGUUGACAGAUACAUUUUACAACUCAAAGACUUGCUAUCAUUAAAAAUGAUAGUACAACGACUUGUAUUUAUAAUUAAUACCAGUUUGUAAACAGAAAUCUAUUGAUGCAUACAUGUAUGCAUUUAUCAUUAAAUGUGUACAAUUGUGUAAAUAUA